AUGUUCUCUUUGCUUCGGGGUUCCAAUUGUUCUCGUCUCACUGCGCAUAGACUCGGGUGGUCGACUCCCAGUCCUACAUCAUCGUCUCCCGUCGGUGAUGGAAGCUUUGGCGUAUCUGCACCCAAACCAUCGAUAUUCAACGAGUUCGCAUUGAAAGAUCGAGUAGGGAUUGUAUCAGGUGCAAACCGUGGUCUUGGACUCGAGAUGGCUCUCGCACUGUGCGAGCUUGGAGCCAAAAUCUAUGCGAUCGAUCUUCCGUCGACUCCUUCGGAUGACUUUAAGACUGUUGCGAACUAUGUGAAAGCGAUGGGUGAAGGGCGAAAGCUUGAGUACAUCAGUGGAGACGUCACUGACCAGCUGGCUAUUAGAGCGGAAGUUGAGAAGAUUGGUACGAAUGAAGGGAGAUUCGACGUGUGCAUUGCCGCAGCUGGCGUCCUUGGUCCCACAAUUCCUACCCUGGAGUUUGGUACGGAAGAAUUUGACAAGGUUCUCGCCGUAAACGUCAAGGGCGUGCUCCACACUGCCCAAGCAGCUGGUCGGCAAAUGGUUAGAUUUGGAAAAGGGGGAUCUAUCAUCAUGAUCGCCUCUGCCAGUGGUACAGUCGUGAACAGGGACCACGAAUGGAUUGCAUACAAUACCUCCAAAUCCGCCGUUCUCCAAUUGGCCCGGAACAUGGCUGCUGACUUUGGACCUCAGCGAAUCCGAGUCAACACAAUUUCACCGGGUUAUAUAUACACCAAAAUGACAGCUGCCGCACUCGAGGCUCAGCCCGAACUGCAUGAAAGGUGGGCUUCUGCGAAUCCCUUAGGCCGACUCGGGUUGCCGGAGGAGCUUCGAGGUGUCGCUGCGUGGCUCGCGGGCGAUUCGAGCGCUUAUUGCACGGGAAGCGACAUUCUCGUAUGUGGUGGGCACACCGUCUGGUGAACCUCCUCCCUUGAAUCUUUU